GAAGAAACCAUUUUGUGCAGCAGAUAGAGAGCUAUGGAGGCCAAACCGUUUUUGGGAAGUAGAGGAGUGCUGCCGUUACUCUAUACUUCUCCGGAGAGACCCAAAUCUAUGGCUGCCCGGACAUCCAUUCGCGCAGCCACCAAAAAGAACUCGACACAAGUGAAGCUACUAACAAGGGUGGAGCAACUGAAGCUGCUGACCAAAGCCGAGAAAGCCGGCCUGCUAUCGGCGGCAGAGAAGUCCGGCCUCUCACUCUCGGCAAUAGAGAAACUUGGUCUGCUAUCAAAGGCAGAGGAAUUUGGAGUCCUAUCGGCGGCCACCGACCCUGGAACUCCCGGGGCAUUGCUGACUCUGAGCUUCGGGUUACUGAUUUUGGGUCCUUUGUCUGUUUUUCUUGUGCCUGAGGAUUACCCUUGGGAGGUUGUUGUACAAGCUGUGGUUGCUGCUAUUUCUGUAGUGGGUGGUUCUGCAGCUUUUGGUGCUUCAAAUUUUGUAUCCAACUUGCAGAAAUCAGAUUGAAAUUUGAUGAGCUAGGGCUCGGUUUCUUACUCAUUACUAAUGAUAUGUCAAUGACAGUUGCAAGCUGUAACAUAAGAUGGUAACAAGCUAGCAUAUUUCAGAAAAUGGAAGGGGAGCG